UCCGUCCGCCAUGGCCCAGGACAAGGCGGAGCAGGACGACUGGCUCGUGGUCUACCUGAAGUAUUUACUCUUCGUCUUCAACUUCUUCUUCUGGGCGGGGGGCGUGGCCGUGCUGGCGCUGGGCGUGUGGACGCUGGCAGAGAAGAGCAGCUACCUGGGCGUGCUGGCCUCCAGCACCUUCGCCGCCUCCGCCUGCAUCCUCAUCCUCGCCGGCGGCCUCGUCAUGCUCACCGGCUUCCUGGGCUUCCGCGCCGUCGUCCGGGAGGACAGGGGCUGCCUCUUCACGUAUUUCUGCCUGCUGCUCGUCAUCUUCCUCGUGGAGCUGGUGGCGGGGGUCCUGGCCCACGUGUACUACCAGAGGCUGAGUGAGGAGUUGAGGCUACAUCUGACCAGGACCCUGGUUGAGAACUACGGGCAGCCCCAGGCCGCGGAGAUCACCGCCUCCAUGGACCGGCUCCAACAGGACUUCCGCUGCUGCGGGAGCAACAGCUCUGCCGACUGGCGGCUCAGCACCUACAUCCAGUCGCCCGCGGCCCAGGGCCGCCACGUGCCCGACAGCUGCUGCAAGACGGUGGUGCCGCGCUGCGGCCAGCGGGUCCACCCCUCCAACAUCUACCAGGUGGAGGGCGGCUGCAUCUCCAAGCUCGAGCAGUUCCUGGCCGACCACCUGCUGCUCAUGGGGGCCGUGGGCAUCGGGGUGGCCUGCCUGCAGAUCUGCGGGAUGGUUCUCACCUGCUCGCUACAUCGGAGGCUGCAGAUGCACCGCUACUAGCUACUAGCGG